GAAAGAUCUGGAAUUGGAACCGUUUGACAUUCGGGGUAAUUCGCUUCAUAGCGUUACUGUUGUUUUUGGUGCACAUGUUUGUACUUACCUCAAAAACGAUUCUGAAAACAGAUGGAUUCUGACUGUGGGUGUGAUUAAUAGGCCAACAGUAGCUGAAAUCUUCACAGUUUUAUGACUGAGCCGAAAGGACGUCCAAGUACUUCUUUGUUUCGCUUGUUGAACUUUGAGCUUUUCAUCAAACCACUGCUUUUAGCGGUUGCCGGUCUCAAGAACUUUCAACUGAUAGAGACCAUCCUGUUCGUCAGAAGUCUAACUGGGACUGAGUUUCAACAUGCCGCUUUACAACAAUGUCCUCUAUAUCCCUCCUAUCGAUCCCCUACAAUUACAGAUUUCAACUCUAGUAUUUCUCAGUUUAGCGAUGACAGAAUAACAGUAGCAGAAGUUGAAGAUCGUUUUGGAGAAUUUGAAUCACAACUUGCUAAGUUUUGUCAAUGCACUCUGCCAAAUGAUGUUCACAGUCAGUGUUUUAUGUCUGGAACUGGAAAUUAUUCCCAUCCCGUAACGGAAAGAUAUUUACGUCGUACUGUGGAUGAACAACUAAGAGAUCUCAGUCUUGAAGGUGAACACAACCGGACACGGAUUGAUCGUGAUCCUCAAAACAGUAACUUUGACAGAAACUCAAUUUCUAUUCUACACCGACGUGGUAGAUUUGAUUCACGUAGAGCUCAGGAUUCUGUAACACUAUCGUCAAGCGGUUUAGCGGAGGCGGAAAGCAGUGACAACUUUCUUGUGGAUGAAGAAGAGGCUGAGGCUACAGUCGCCACUGAGGAAGAACUUGAUGGCACUGAAUAA